UUAAUAAGAAUCCACCAAUUAAAUUAAAGAGUAUGGCAACGGCCUGGAGAAGAAGCACACUCUGUUUCCGUGAGCCAUGGCCACUGCACCACCCCCAGUACUGCCGCUGCUGCUACUAUCUUCGUCUUGUCUUGCUCAUCGGCCUGGCUUUCUUUCUUAUGGAGGUAGCUGGAGUAGAAGGGAGAGUGAGCAGCAAGGGGUGCUUGCAGAGGGAGAGGGAUGCUCUCUUGCUUUUCAAAGCCGCCAUCAAGGAUCCUUCCGCCCGCUUGUCUUCUUGGCGUGCCCAAGGAGACGACUGCUGCGCAUGGACUGGCGUGGUCUGCCACAACAGAACAGGCAGCGUACGAGUGGCCGAGCUCAACCUUGGAAAUACAAAUGACGACGAACGCAAUGUGCCAGACAUGGCUUUGAGGGGUGAGCUGCUGCAUCCAUCAUUGCUGUCUUUAUCUCACUUGCAAAGCUUAGAUCUGAGUUGCAAUGACUUUGAGGGCACCCAAAUUCCACCUCUCGUUGGUUCUCUUCACAAACUCAGGUAUCUUGAUCUUUCUCGCUCCAACUUCGGUGGAAUCAUUCCCCCUCAUCUCGGAAACUUAACUGAUCUUCGUUAUCUUGAUCUCGGCUCACAUGAUAAUCUUUAUUUUCCUAAAGUUGGUCACAGCCUAGACUGGCUGUCUGGCCUUUCUUCUUUGAUUUAUUUGGACAUGUCCUAUUUGAAUCUCAGCGAUGCCUCCCAUAAUUGGUUAUCAGCAGUCAACAUGUUGCCUUCCCUACAACAAUUACAUCUACAAGGCUGUAGUAUUAAUAUUAAUAUUAAUAUCCCCCUUUCUCUCAACUUCCAUCUCAACCUCACUUCUCUCACUACUCUUGAUCUUACUGGGAACAUCUUCAACUCUUCUUUUCCUAAUUGGUUGUGGAAUCUCACAAGCCUCUCAUCUCUUGAACUUUGGCGUACUGAAAUUGGAGGGGCACUGCCUGCUGAAAUUGGGAAUUUAAAUAGCCUCUCACAUCUUGAUCUUUUUGGGAAUUUGCUCUCUGGUCCCCUGCCUGAUACGUUAUGGAAAUUGAAGCAUCUAACAUACCUCCUCCUGAGCUAUAAUUUCCUUGGAAAUUCUUUACCAAUGGGGAUUAUGAAUCUAUCAAGCUUAUCAACACUGUACCUUGAUAAUUGUUCACUAACAGGUCCAAUACCCAGUGAAUUAGGAAAUUUAACUACUUUAAAUACAUUAUCUCUUGAAUCCAAUUUACUUUCUGGAUUAAUACCACAUGAGAUUGGGAAACUAGUCAACUUAGAGUAUCUUGACCUCUCUAUUAAUUCCUUUGAGGGUGAUAUUACUGAGUUUCAUCUUUCCAACCUGACCAAACUAUACGACUUGUUCUUGUCUGAUAACCACUUUCUCACCAUAGCAAUAGACCACAAUUGGACCCCUCCUUUUCAAUUAUAUAUAAUUAGCAUUGGUUCCUGUAAGUUAGGUCCCAGAUUUCCUACAUGGCUUCGUUCACAACAAUCUAUCAACACUAUUCACUUGCACAAUGCAAAUAUUGAGGGCAACUUGCCUGAAUGGUUUUGGAACUCUUUUUCUGUCAUUGAAUUUUUAGAUCUCUCCCACAAUAAAAUUAGUGGUACUUUGCCCAUAUCCCUAGAGAGUUUGACCCAAUUAGAUUAUUUAAAUUUUGGUUCGAAUUUAUUAGAAGGUCCAAUUCCUCAUUUACCACCCAACCUAAAUUUGAUAGAUAUAUCUGACAAUGCAUUUUCAGGGUCGUUACCACCAACGUUAUUCACACCACAAUUAGAAUAUUUAAUUCUCUCACAUAAUCAUAUUAAUGGAAGCAUACCAUCUAAUAUUUGUCAUUUUCAUACAUUUCUACACCUCAACUUGUCAAACAACCAAAUAUUUGGAGAAAUUCCCAAGUGUUGGCAGGAGGGUUCAUUACUUCACUAUGUUAAUUUGGAAAACAAUAUGCUCUUUGGAGAAAUUCCAAGCUCUCUUGGCAACUUGACGAAUCUUAUGUUCCUGCACUUGAAUGAUAAUAAUCUUAAAGGGCAUCUUCCGUCAUCACUUCAAAAUUGUACUUGGCUAUUGGUUGUUGAUCUUGGCGACAACAAAUUUUCUGGAAAUAUACCUUUGUGGAUUGGGCAAAGUUGGCAGCGGUUGCGCAUUCUUCGAUUGUCCUCAAAUAUGUUCGAUGGCAAUAUCGAUCCACAACUUGGGCAUUUGAGGGAUCUACAAAUUAUUGACUUUGCAAAUAACAAAUUAUCAGGAUCAAUACCACAUUCCUUUGGAAAUUUCAGCACAAUGAUUUCAACAUCGGUUGAACGACUUCCUUCCUUCGAUGUACCAAUACUUAUACAAGUAGCGGCCCAAAUUUAUAGCGGAAGUGAAAGCAUUACUUUAGUCAUAAAAGGAAAGCGGCUAACAUUUUCAUCUAUUCUUUAUCUUGUGAAGAGUAUAGACCUUUCAAAUAAUAAAUUGACGGAUGAGAUUCCUAAAGAAUUAGGAUAUCUUGUUGGACUCUACAAUUUGAAUUUAUCAAGAAACUACUUCAAAGGCAAGAUCCCAAAGAGCAUCGGCCGAAUGAGUUCAUUGGAAACUCUGGAUUUAUCCUUUAAUAAUUUAUCAGGGGUUAUUCCUCAAGAUUUGUCACAACUACAUGCUCUGAACCAUUUGAACUUGUCUUAUAACAAUCUAUCUGGAAACAUUCCCUCUGGGAAUCAGCUUCAAACAUUAGAUGAUGCAUCCAUUUAUAUUGGUAAUCCUUUUCUUUGUGGAGACUUGGUAAACAAGAGUUGCUUUCAUGGGAACAAUACCAAUGCGACAAGCGAGGAGCAUGCAAUAUUAUCACCAACGUUAUCAAUCUAUCUUAGUAGUACACUUGGAUAUUUUAUUGGAUUGUGGAGUGUGUUUUUUCUUCUACUAUUCAAGAAAAGAUGGAGGCAUUCUUACUUUCAGAAGGUUGAUGAAAUUAUGAUAAAGUUUAUGUGGCAAUCAAGAUAAGAUUGAAUGAAUUAGUGAAUGAAUAGUUUUUUUUUGUUUUUUGAAAAAAAAUAAAGAUGACGAUGAAUGUAACUUUUCAUAUUAAUUGUGAGCUUUCUUCGUAAGCAUGGUACUUCUAAGAAUCAUAUUCUUAUGAUAUUUUGCAAAUGAAACAAUGUUA